ACUGAGCUUUGCCUCCUACAAGCAUUGUAAGCAGAUAAGUCUUAGAACACACUUGUGUUUGAUACAGUGAUUUUAGUGCGGUGAUACAAGAUGAAAAUGUUUAUUAUAAUCAGUGCAGCUUUCUUGCAAGUGACGUGGUGUUACGGGUAUCCAGGUGCUCGCCCACAAGGAGUAGGAGUAUACGCAUACCAGGAUUCGGCAGGCAAUAGGUACGGUGGAAGCUACGGCCUAGACGGAAAGCAGAUUGACCACGUGGUUGACCCUUACUCGGCCCCACUUCUGUCGAGCUUCGCAGACAUCGCCACUUUCUUCCCGAAUUACAUUACGAACUACGACAAUCUCCUGCAAGAGAUUUUCGCUUCUGACAUAGAAGCGCAGAGGUUGGCUUCAUUCGCUGCAUACAAAGCGUACGAUAUAACAAUGAACCAGAAUCGUCAUUUUCCGAAUUUCUUCAGGUUCCCAACUUUCGGCCCGCCGAACUUCUUCGGAGGUGGCUUUGACGUCAUGUCUCAUCCCAACAGCGCGUUCGCUAGUGCGGUCGCUGGACCAGGCUAUAGUCACCAGACUGCCGCUAUUAAUCCGGAAAGUGAGGCAAUGAGAAACAUUGACGUGACCAAUAGAUUCAACGAACCUUCGGGAGGCAACAAUAAGUUCUACAGCGUGUCCAGUUCAUCUUAUUCCUCGUCAUCCAAUUUGGACGGUCAGGUGAAGAAUCUACGUGGUGCUGAAACAACCGUUAAUAACAACGGAAAGGUGACCAAGUACAGAGUCCAGAACUAAGCUAUCCGUUCCUGUAAUAAACAUGUGACUUAAUUCAA